AUGCCGACUACUCGUAGUCAAUCUUCGCUGGUACCUGUCGCUUCAUCGGAUUCCGGAUCUUCGUCUUCUUCUUCGUCUCCGUCUCCCCCUGCACUGACAGGUACCGGGGCUGCUGCCCCUAAUCGAGAGCAUGUGGCACCUUUGGAUGUUGGAGCCGGUGCGCCGGCAUCCGCUUCUUAUCCUUUUAGGUCAACUGCACUUACAGCCACGUUGGACGAGUCCCUCUCCAGGCUCGAUGACUCCGCCGUGUUACAUGCGGCUGACGUGAAGCAGCUCCGUGAUGCAACUUCGGCUGCAAUUACAAGGGUAUGGAAGGAGGCCACGUCGCAGACAUCUGCCUUAGCGCAGAAGAUCAAUGAGGGUAACACUUCUUUAUCGCGUAAGCUCAAUGAGUCGUUUACAGCAGUCGGCAGUCGGCUUGAUGCUCUUCCUACGGUCGCGAUGCUCGGGUUGGAUCCCCAGACCCCUAGGAUCACCCCCUUUUCAGGAUCUUCUGAGGAAGGUGCGCAAUUUUCCGUGUGGCUCCGCCGCCUCGAAGAUGUCAUACGGAUGCGGCCUUCUCCACUCACCUCGGAGCAGAAGGCCAACUUCUUGAUUGGACACCUGGACGGGGUGGCUCUGGCUAGUCACCUUCGAGCCUUUUUCGAAAGUCCGCAGCAGAAGUACAAGCUCUCUUCCUGCCGCCAGGAGCCCGGGGAGUCCUCGGCUACAUUCGCAAACCGGGUUCUCAACUUAGUGAGAGCAGCUACAGCGGGACAGGACGCUGCCACUCAAAAGGAUCGCGUCCUAGAGGAGUUCGUGGCCCGGUUGCGAGGCGACAUCAGGUAUUUUGUGAAGCUGGACAAUCCGUCUACCUUCGAGCAGGCCGUCACCAAAGCACAGAUGGUAGAGCAGUUACUUAGUGAGGCGACCGCUGAGCGCCUCAUCACUCCAGCUCAGCCGGUACCCGCAGUGAACGCGUUGGACAGCGAGGUAAGUAGCCGGAACCAACCUUUUAACAGGUUCAACAACAGAGGUAAGUACCACAGAAAUUUUCGACGUUUUGAUAACAACCAACGUCGUCGCUUUCAGGGCAAUGCAACUCCGCAACAAGAAACGCCCGUUCGGCCGGGACGUUGCUACAACUGUGGAAGAACUUCCCACUUGGCUUAUCAAUGCACAGCUCCAGUUAUGAACCAACCCACUAGGAGGAAGAACAGGCCAGUUCAAAAUUCUACCUAUGCUCUUUCGAAUCGUCGUUCUUACCAGCCUCCGCCGCCUUCUCGUAGGGAUAAUGCCCCUCUCAUGUCCUGUGGGGUCCCCUCCAGUCAUGCGGCGCCGCAGGAUGAUCCCGAUCUUUUGGCUGCUCAACAACGUAUAGCAGAUUUAUCGUUGACGGUAGGCCAGACCCAAGCCGAACUUAAUCAGUCCCGAGCCCGAAUAGCCGCGCUUAUUCAGCGUAACGAGGAUCUUGCUAAGGUAGCGUACGACUGCAAGACCUCCUCUUCACCAUCCGCGGCCAGGAGCCCCUCUGUGCAUUCUCUAUUUCUUUGCUGUUUGGCUUUGAUAUGUGUCUCCUCUGUUUCUGCGUCGGCUGACGCUUGGCUUUGCCCAUCCGAGAACCCUACCAACAUCUUCUUUGUUCCUUCGGCUUUUAAUUGUUCUCGUCUUCUUCCCAACGUAACGAAGCAACUCCAGUCGGUCUCCCUCCAUGUCUACCGUCCCAACACGAAACAGUAUUCUUCUCCUGCUUUUCUGUGCAAAGUUGUCCGCCAUUCGGUAUUAUAUUCCGUAAGCUUCUUUGGGGCUCGUACGGAAAACCAUGAGGAGACGCUUCUACCAGUGUCGGCCGAAGAGUGCAAGCUUAUGUCACGGCAUAAGCGCUGUGUACACGGUGAGUUAUCCCUACAUGGUAGUGUAUGGCGAACUUCGAACGUUCUUGAUUUUGAAUUUCCUGUUGCCCCCUUCGGCUGCUGCGUUGACCAUACUCAGGCGGUGCAUAAUUGUUACCUUUUGGAGACGACGGUACAUACUCGCCACGGAGAAGAGGUCCCCGAUUCAGCUGCAGGCGACUUACGCUCCUGCCGGUACAAGGAUGGCGCAUGCAUCCUUCCUGACGGUUCGGUUGUCAUUUGGACGCCGGAUCAGGAGGAGGGUUGCCGCUUUACUCCGGUAACUAAGAUGCGAGGAUUCUCUAUGGGGGAUGUCUGGAUAAGUGAAUCAAAAGAAUUCGCCCUGUCCUGGUCAGAAAAUAGUCAAGUGGUGUAUGACUGCCUUAAGCAGCUAACCAUCACCGAUCAAGGCUACGCCAUCGCCGUAGUUCGCCGAGCUGCUCGCGCAGUAGACGCUGGACUCGUCACUACAAACCAGCUGUCGGCGCAGCUUUUGGCAGUUGAGGGCUCCGUGCAGGACGCGGUGUCUGCUCUGUUCGUUCACGCAGUCCAAGCACUGUGCGAUAGAACGAACGUCUUGGCUGUCGCUCUCCAAGCCGCUCUUCAGGCUAAUCCUACUAUCACGAUGAGAAAUCUCAUAGGACGGAAUGAUUUGGUAGCUACCCACUUAGGUAAUGGUUUCGUUCAGGUCCGCCGAUGUGUCCAGGUCCCUCCCUCAACAAUUGUUUUCCAGGCCUUCAAUGAAACUUGCUUCGCCUACCCUCAGGUCAAGAUACGCUUGAGCAGCGGGUCGAUCUGGCAGGCUUUUCUUAACCCUUUUACAGGAGUGAUCGUCAGUAGGGCACCCAGGAUUGAUUGCGCCGACGUUACACCACUAGUUUUAUCGGCCAACUCUUCCUUGGUGCAAUUCUUCCCGGUCAGCGGCCAAUUAACCCCCGUUCCUGCUCAUCAAGUUUUGUCCGUAGCCUCUUUUCCGCCAUGGGACACUUUGUCGUUCUCUCCGAAGCUUACGAUCUUCCACAAUCUCAUUCUCACCAAUUUUAGCGAGAUCGUGUCUGACUCGCGAUUCCAGGAGAUGUGGACGGUAAGGGACCAAGAGAAGCUCAUGGGCCACGUCGCGCAGAUCCAUCACAGUACGGGGUCCCCCUCGAGUGCUGACUCUUUCGUUGGCCCUUUGCGCUCCCUUUGGCCAUUUUCAUUGCCGUCACCAUUCGAAAUUUGGGUCGCUUGUUGUUGUGCAAUAGUUUCGCUAGGAGUGAUUAAGUUUGUGCUAAUCACAUACGUAGGUAUAAGCUACCCGGGGCUGUUGCCCCUUAUCAAGAGAAUGUAUGGCACGACAGCAAGCCCGGGUACUCCGCCCGUGUCACGAACCCCACCUAAUUCCCCGGUGAAGGGCCAGGUAGUCGCAAUGCACCCUAUUAUCCCGUUGGACCUCGGUAUCUCGAAGGUCGACAUUGAUGUUCAAAAUGCAUGGCCCCCUCGCGCUUCUAUCGUUCCGAUACAGGUUUUGUCAUUCGAAGCGGAUCGUAAAUUUUUCGUUACUCAAAUCCCAGUUCGCGUGAAUGGGUUACGGCUUCUUGCGCUUAUUGAUACCGGAGCGGGCAUUACAGUAGCCAGUCAAUCCCUUCUCUCCCUUUUGGGCAUUUUCAAACUUGACGCCUGCGUAGUGCCUUCGGCAAUAGGAAUGGCUGGCAUUCCCGUCAAGUUCGUAGGAAGUGCUAUAGUGAAUUUGCAGAUAGGUAGCGAAUUGCUUAAGCAAACAGUCCAUUUUACCGAAGGGCAGUGCGUCCCAGCGCAAGCUGAUUCCUAUGACCUCAUCUUAGGGAACGACGUGUUGCGUAGGCUGCCAGCUUGGUCCCUUGACUAUGACAACCGUCUAUUCCACGUGGGUUCCGAUCAAGUGCAAAUCUUUGCCGGCUCUCUCGCUGUGCCUUCUAGCGAUCGCCAAAAAGGGGCGACGGUCCGAGUCUCUGAGACCACUGUUCUUCCCCCUGGUACUGAGACUUUAGUCCCCUGUUAUGUAGCUGAUUCGCCCAAAGACGCGACAUUGUGCACGGCGUCGUGUGAGGUGGGAGGUAGUGGCUCCCUUUACGUAGCCCCUACGGUACUCCUUUCCUCCAAACCACAUCUGCUAGUCACAAAUCCUACCACAGUAUCUCAACUCGUCUACAGAGAUCAGCGGCUGGCAGAUGGGGUUGUCCUCGACGAAGCGGAGGACGGGACCCUUUCGGAACCCCUACCUUGCUUUUAG